UCUAAAACAACAGGUAUUUCACAAAAAUGGUAUUAUUUUUUUUCCCGCCGCCAAUUCGAUUUAUCUCGAAAUUUCUCGCAGAAUCGCAGUGUCUCGAAUGUUUGUUUGCGAUUACGCGCUCAUACACAGUUGUACCAACUACCAAUAUCUUUGGUUGUACACAGUGGAAUCUUUAGACAAUACCAGAACCAGACACACGUUAAAUAGUUCACAAUGUAAAGGAUCAACAUCAACUAUGUCCUAACCUACAAGUUGUCAUCUCGUGAAUUUCACAAAGAGCCCAAAGGAAUAAAGUGUCCCAAAAUGGUCCUUUAAUCUUCACUUAGGCUUUGGUGUGCUGUGCAAAUUUAUGUUGUCAUUUCGGUAAAUUAUACUAUAAAAUGUCGAGUGAAUUUAAAUCACGAGAUUCUCAUUUAGCUUGGGAACUUCACAAUCAGAUAAAUCGCCUCGAUGUCACAGGAAUAACGGAAAAUGCAGCGUUCCCGGAUAGUAAUUUGAAAGAAAACUACAAACCAAAGACAUUAAUCGACAACACUCUAGAGAUAAUUGAUCCAACUCCCAAUAUACACACAUUAUUUGUACAAUUUGAUAAAAGAUUUUUCGGAAACAAGUUGCUUCCUGUAGAAGUGAAAUGGAGUCAUCGAAUGACCUCUUGUGCAGGCACUUGUUCUUUUAAUACGGGAAGUCGAUAUUGCGUGAUUGCUCUCAGUAGUCCUUUACUCAAACUCAGGCCUCGAAAAGAUCUCAUUGAGACUUUACUGCACGAAAUGAUUCACGCUUAUUUAUUUAUAACGAACAAUAAUCGGGACAGAGAUGGCCAUGGUCCCGAAUUUUGCAAACAUAUGCACAGAAUCAACAAAGAAGCCGGAACUCGUAUAACCAUAUACCACAGUUUUCACGCAGAAGUAAAACUUUACCAGCAACAUUGGUGGAGAUGCAACGGACCCUGCCAAGGAAAAAAACCAUUCUUCGGAAUGGUUCGCCGAUCUAUGAAUCGCGCCCCAGGACCAAACGACUUCUGGUUCAAAGAGCAUCAAUUAACUUGCGGUGGUCAAUUCAUCAAAGUUCGAGAGCCGGAGAAGCCCGAAAAAGGGAAGAAAAUCAAGAAUGAUCCGAAGAAGGAUCCUAAAAAGUCAGGCAUCGAUAAAUGGUUGACUCCAUCUCCAAAAUCCAAACCAAAGGAUAAACCUUCUAAUGGUUUAUCAAAACCAAAAACUAAACCCGGACUGAAUGGUUUAAACAAGCCCAAAAAUAAACAUGCACCAAAUAAUAACAAUAUCAAUAAACCUGGCUCGAGCUCUAAUAUUAAUAAACCAGGUGGUUCAGUUUUAAGAACGAAAGGAGGUUCUAAAGUUAUCACCGUAAACAAAUGGAACACGAAUACUUCGGAUGAACCAGGAAUACAAAAGCUCGGAAAUGCAACAAAUAACGUUCACGGUUUUGGAACCGGGGGCCCAGGUUCUUCCACUUCAGUGACUUCAAAAGGCUCUUCAGGAAACCACUUUUCUUUCUCUGGAACUGUGGGAGGUUCAUCCACCGGACAAAGUAAAUUGCUAGAUUUAUUCAGUCAACCUAAUACGAAGCCACAAUCUCAAUUAAAUGAUAAAAAGAAUCAAGUUUUGGGCCCGACAGUAAAAUGUCCAAUCUGCAAGGACCUGAUCACAGAGAAAAAAGCCAAUGAACACAUCGAUGCUUGUUUAAUAGAGGAAGAAGAGAAAAAGAAGACUUCCAUCAUUAGUCCAACUCUGAAAUCUACUCCUGGUCUUGUAAAUUGUCCUGUUUGUUCUAAAUACAUUUCCAGUACUUUGAUAAUUGACCACAUCGAUUUGUGUUUGACGCUCCAAGAUAAAGCGAAGAGUUCUUCAGUGCCUGAAGAAUUCAACUCACCUUCGACUGCAACUACUUCUUCGCCUCCCUUGAUUUCAAUUGAUGCAAGUCCGCAAAGUCCGAUCGUCAUCCACGAUUCGGAUAGUGAUAUUGAAGCGCCGAAUAAGAAACGGAAGAGUAAUGGUUUAGUUGACUUUUUCUUCAAAGUGCCUAAGGUGGCGAAGACUGAAGAUGUCAUCGCUAACUGCCCAGUGUGUGUUAAGGAGGUAAAUGUGAAGGAUAUGAAUCGACAUUUGGAUGAUUGUUUAGCUGGAUUUGGUGAAGAUGUCGAUACGCAGGAAGCUGGGACUUCUAAGGAAAGAGAUUCGAACGAAAUAAAUCCAAACGGAAAAGGAGAACCGGAAACAUGUCUCAUCUGCAAUGCAGUUUUGGAACCGUCAGUUUCUUUAGUUCAACAUUUAGAUGAUUGUCUCAAAAAUAUGUUCAACGAUGACACUGAGAGUUUUGAAAGUAGAAGUUUUAUUGGAGAUAAAACUUCAAAUCCUAAAGAAGCUGAACCUGACAAUUCAAUAUUGUCAGUGGAGGAUAGCUUUAAAGAUGAAUCUCAAGAAGAGAAUGAGUUGAGUGAUUUAAGUGAAUUAGGUGAGAUUGCGGACUCUGUUGAAACUAGCAAUAGAUCUCCCUGUCCGGUUUGUAUGAGCAUGAUUCCCGAAAAGAUUAUGACUCUUCAUUUAGACGCUUGUCUGGGGGAAUAGACGUAUGAUAGGCAUGAAAGUAGAAUAUUUCAAAUCAAAUCAAAGCUGUGACUGUUAAUUAAUAAGCUUCGACUCAAGAAAGAAGUAUUACGAGUAAAAGGAUUGUGAAAGGAGUUUUUUGUAUGUGAUUUAUGUUCUAGGUUUUAAAAGCCAGUUUUCAGAUAGAGAAAAUGCAAACUGAUCUUUAAUUAUAGACUGCUAAAGUUUUGCUCAGGGCGAAAUAAACAUAAUUGUUUUCUAAUAAA